AUGAAAAGUUUAACUUUAUUAUCACAAUUCACUGCUUCUCUCGGCAGCUCUGAUUCUAAGUUAAAAAGGACUCGACAUACAGUUAAUCCAGAAAAUGGUGACAUUUAUUUCGUCCGUUUUUCAGAGUCUAAUGUUGAACUUGUCAAAUGUUCUUUAGUACAGACUCAAAAUUCUGAUGUUUCUUCUAUUACAUUCUUGCCGAACAAUGGUUUUUCUAAUGAUCUGGAUGAGAUUGUUAAAGGAUUAAAGUUUUUGAUGGAUAUUCAAUCGAUAUGCAUAGCUUUUGGUAAUGGCGAUAUAGUUCUUGUCCAUUUAGACUUGGCGAAUGGUGAAGAGAUGGUCGAAGUUGUUGGAUAUGUAGAAUCAAAAAUUAAGUGUAUGGAAUGGAGCCCAGAUGAAGAAUUGGUUAUCUUUGUAACUGGGAAUGAUACAAUCCUGGAAAUGACUAAAGAUUUUGAGGUAAUAACAGAGUUUCCUAUUAAUGUUGAAGAACUGGGCGAAGCUGUUAGUAUAAGUGUUGGGUGGGGUAAAAAAGAAACACAAUUCCAUGGAUCAGAAGGAAAAACUGCAGCUCAAAGAGUAGUUGAUACGUCUAAUUUUACCUUAUCGGAAGAUGAUGACUUUCAUCCACGUGUAUCUUGGUGCGACGACGGUAGCAUGUUUUGUUGCUCUGUUGUCGAUACCAACAAAGGACUUCGUGUAAUACGUGUAUAUAACAGAGAAGGAAUAUUGCAGUCUACCAGUGAGCCUGUCGAUAAAUUAGGUCAUAUUCUUUCAUGGAGACCAGCAGGUAAUUUAAUAGCCUCAAAUCAGAAAUCGUCAGAUAAACAUGAAAUAUGUUUUUUUGAAAAAAAUGGAUUACGGCAUGGCGAAUUUUCUUUACGUGAAAUUAAGAAUCACAAAAUAGUUGAAAUUUUAUGGAAUUGUGAUUCUACUAUAUUGGCCGUAUGGUUGGAGCGAGAAACAUCGAAUGAAAUAUCAACAUGUGUACAAUUAUGGUACAUGAAUAACUAUCAUUGGUAUUUGAAACAAGAAAUCAUGCCAUCCUCCACUGAAUCAAUAACAAGUGUUUCUUGGGAUCCAGAAGUUGCAUUGAUACUUCAUUAUACAACUGAUAGCAACUAUUACCGACUUGAGUUUUCAUGGGACGUUUUAUUCGCAAAUACUAUUUCUGCGAGUAAUGCUGCUACAGUUGCUGUCAUUGAUGGGUGUUUGAUUUACCUUACGCCAUUUCGAAUAAUGAAUGUCCCACCUCCAAUGUUUGCUUUCUCGAUUCAGCUUGAUUCCCCUGCUGUGCAUGUAUCAUUUUCACCUAAUAAUGGUGGUAAUGAUUUUGCCGUCCUCCAAGUCAAUCAAGAAAUUUCAUUUUUUGAAUGGCUUGGAGUAACAGAUACCCCUCCAAAACCUCCAAAAGACAAAAUUGAAGGCCCAUAUAGAGGACCCAUAAGGCAAAUAGCUUGGAUUAACAAGACCAUGCUUUUUUGCUUACAUUGUCAUCCAAAUAAUCAAUUUGAUGACAUUACUCAAAUCAUAUUAGAAUUUGAUGAUAAUGGGCAAAUUCAAAAAAAAAUUUCUGAGACCACUGUUAAUUUGACAAAUUUCUUGCGAAGGUUAUAUUAUAAUCCAACUUAUGACACGCUUCUUUGUGAGGCUAAUGAUGGUUCAAUUCACAAAGAUACUGAACACUUUUUUGUUUCGAAAACACCCGUUGUUUCUCUUCCUGAACUUUGUAACUGGAUUGGCACUACACAAGUUGAAUCAGAAAAAAAAAAAGAGACUUUUGUGAUAGGAUUGAGCGAGCAUAAUAAGUUAUAUGUUAAUGAAAAUUUGAUUGCUGCAGACUGCACUUCAUUUUUCAUUCAUAAUGACUUCAUUAUUUUUACUACAUCGAGUCAUGCUGUAAGAUUUUUACCUCUUCACGCUAAUUUACUAGAUCUGAAAGUUCUUGAUAAUGUAAUUCAAUCCUAUGAUGAAACUGUAAGAAGAGUUGAAAGAGGAUCAAAAAUUAUAUGUGCUGCGUAUUAUGAUGUAUUCUUGGUGCUACAGAUGCCAAGAGGAAACUUGGAGACAAUAUAUCCACGCGCUUUGGUCUUAGCAUCAGUUCGAGAUUUCUUGAAUAAAUUUGACUAUUUAUCAGCUUACAAAGUGUGUCGAAAGCAUCGAAUUGAUUUAAAUAUUUUAUAUGAUCAUAAUCCUGAUUCAUUCUUAAAAAAUGUUCAAACUUUUGUUACCCAAAUCGAAAAAGUUGACUAUUUGAAUUUGUUUUUGUCAAGUCUAAGAAACGAGGAUGUAACGAUAACUAUGUAUCCUCCAAUUGAAAAUGGCCCUAAAUCUUCCUCUCCUUCAAACUCUCAUGAUGUGUCUACAAAAGUUGACACUGUGUGUGAUGCUGUACGUGCCGUAUUAAAAUCAAUGGACACAAAAAUAUAUCUUCAAUCAAUAAUAACAUCAUAUGUUCGAAAAACGCCACCUGAUUUGGAAUCUGCAUUGAAUCAAGAUAUGGAUUUAGCAGAGGAUGCGAUCAAAUUUGCUAUUUUUUUGGUUGAUGCAGAUCGACUUUUUGAUGUCGCUUUGGGAUUGUACGAUUUCGGUCUCGUUCUUAUGGUUGCUCAACAGUCACAGAAGGAUCCUAGAGAAUAUUUACCUUUCUUAACUGAGCUUGAGAGCUACCCAAAAUAUUACCAACAAUUUAAAAUUGAUGACCAUCUUUGUCGUCAUGAAAAAGCCUUGCAAAAUCUAAGUCUUGCGGGAGAUGAAUAUUUUGAUGAUUGUUUGAAAUAUAUUCGCGAGCAUAAAUUAUAUCAUUCUGCAAUAUCAAUAUUUGCAAAUAAUAAUGAAAAAUAUAAAGGUGCCAUGGCCAUUUAUGGAGAUUACUUGUUUACGGAAUCAAACUUCAAGGAGGCUGGCUUAGCAUAUAUACUCGCUGGAGAUAAACCGAAAGCACUUGAUUCAUAUAAAAAUUGUGGAUCAUGGCGCGAAGCUUUUGCUAUCGCUCAAGAGUUGAAUAUUUCUUCAGAUUCUUUAUUUAAUUUGGUCAAAAGCCUUACAGAAAUACUUUCGGAUAAAAGACAAUACCAAGAAGCUGCACAAAUAAUAUUAGAUUAUACUAAGCAACCAGAAGAGUCAAUUAUUUUGUUGAACAAAGGUCGUUACUGGACGGAAUCAAUACGUAUAUCCCAUAUGUAUAAUAGAACAGAUUUAAUUGAAACUAACAUUAAGCCAAGUGUAAUUGAAGGUCAUACUCAGCUACUUCAAGAUGUGAAUUCAAUGUUGGAUCAAUUAAAUCAGCAAACAAAUAGGCUAAAAGAAAUUAGAGCAAAUAAAGCUAACCAACUGGUUUCAGACCCAUAUCAAAAUGAUGAAUCAAUAGAAAAUGUAGAUACAUUCUCAGACACAAGUUCCAUGGCUAGUGGAUUUACGCGUUAUACUUUGUCAAAUACUCAAUUAAGCAUGAAUUCAACAAGAAGUGGCAAAAGUGCGAAAAGCCGCAGACGACAAGAAAGAAAGAAAGCUCGUGGUAAAAAGGGAAGUAUAUAUGAAGAAGGAUAUCUUCUUGACUCCUUAAAAAGAUUGAUUGAAAGAUUUAAUACAACUCAAGCGGAGAUAUUAAACCUAUUAAAUUGUCUUGUGACAUUUGGAUAUAUUAAACGUGCGCAACAAAUUCAAGUUCUAUUUAGUGAUUUAGAGGAAAGAAUUAAAAAUAACCUUGAUGAGAUAUUUGAUGCGCCAACAAAUAAUAUACCAGUCAUUGAGACUGAGUUGGAGUCUGAUGAAACUAGAAAGGUUGAAAAACCAAAACUUGUUCAAUUGAAUUGGAAACUACACGUUAUAUAG